CGGACGUUGACGGGCAACCGCGCCGUCCAAUCAGGGGAGAGCUAUCAGCGUGAUUUACAGCCGCGGGGGCUGCGAGGGGGAGGUGCGAUGCGGGGAAAAAAGCAAAUUGUUGAGUGAACAGCAUCAGUAGAGUGGAGUGGAGGAGACCGCAGUGAGGGAGCAGGCUGCCAAGAGGAGACAGAGCCAGAAAAAAAAACAAAAAAAACAAAAACAAAGAGGCCAAAUCUUGAAAUUUUAUUUCAUGAUUAGGGGCCGUCACAGAAUAAACAUGUAUUUCCUAUUUUUCUAAUAUGGAUUAUGAUUUCUUUUUUUCCAACUCCUGUCCAGACUGGCUUCAUCACUCCAGCGGCACUGCGCUUUAUUGGAAUGUGCGCUGUAGCUUCUCCGGGACGCAGCUGAAGUGAAAGACAGUGGAGCUAGAAUAGAAAACAAAAAGCUUCUGCAGUCAUUAAAACUCCUCUAUUCUUUUUUUUCCAAAUGCCUCUCUUUUGAUGGGACACAUUUUUCCGGACGCCUUAAACGUUUUUGGAGACUUUUACGCAUUUUGGAGACUUUUACCUCCCGACUGAAAUGGGUGAUGGAAAUUGACAUUUUGUCCAUUAACAGAGGAUAACAAGGUUUAUGAUCUUUUUUACCGAAGUGCACUUGUUUUUCCGGCGAUGAUUGUGCUUGUGAUUGUGCUGUGCAUCACGGAUGGAGUGCUCUCUCAGAUACGCUACUCUGUGCCGGAGGAGGCGGACCAUGGCACCUUGGUGGGGAAUAUCGCCGAAGACCUGGGACUGGACCUUACCAAACUGGCCUCUCGCCGCUUCCAGGUGGUGCCCAGCUCUCGAACACCGUACCUGGAGGUGAACCUGGAGAACGGCGUGCUGUUUGUUAACGAGAAAAUCGACCGGGAGCAGAUCUGCAAGCAGAGCGCCAGCUGCCAGCUCAACAUGGAGGUGUUCUUGGAGAACCCGCUGGAGCUGUUUCGGGUCGAAAUUGAGGUGGUGGACAUUAACGACAACCCGCCCAGCUUCCCGGAGACAGACAUCACGGUGGAGAUCUCAGAGAGCGCCACUCCGGGCACCCGUUUCCCCCUGGAGAGCGCAUUCGACCCGGACGUGGGCUCCAACGCUUUACGCACGUAUGAUAUCACAACUAACAACUACUUUUACCUUGACGUGCAGACCCAAACGGACGGAAACAAGUUCGCGGAGCUGGUCCUGGAGAAGCCGCUGGACCGGGAGCAGCAGGCGGCGCACAGGUACGUGCUGACCGCGGUUGACGGCGGUCAGCCUCCGCGGACUGGCACCGCGCUGCUGGUAGUCAAAGUGCUGGACUCUAACGACAAUGUGCCCGUGUUUGAACAGCCCGUCUACACGGUGAGCCUCUCGGAGAACGCACCGGUGGGCACGCUGGUCAUCCAGCUGAACGCCACCGACCUGGACGAGGGAAUAAACGGAGAGAUAGUUUACUCCUUCAGUAACCACAUCUCCACCCGCGUAAAGGACCUGUUCAGCAUCGACCCGCGCACCGGGCGCAUCGAGGUGCGCGGAGAGGUGGAUUUCGAGGAGAGCAGCCUGUAUCAGAUCUUUGUCCAGGCCAAGGAUCUGGGUCCAAACGCCGUGCCCGCGCACUGCAAAGUGCUGGUCAAAGUCAACGACAUGAAUGACAAUGCGCCGGAGAUCACAUUCAGCACCGUGACCGAGUCCGUGAGCGAGAAGGCUGCUCCCGGUACCGUGAUCGCGCUGCUCAGUGUGACUGACCGGGACGCAGAGGAGAACGGGCAGAUCCACGUGGAAAUCCUCGGUGAUGUCCCGUUCAAAUUAAAAUCCUCCUUUAGGAAUUAUUUCACUAUAGUGACCGACGGGCCGUUGAACCGGGAGCAGGCGGACUCCUACUCUGUCACUGUGGUGGCGCGGGAUAAAGGGACACCGUCACUGGCCACCAGUAAGUCCAUCCGAGUCCAGGUGUCAGAUGAGAACGACAACGCGCCCACAUUUACGCAGACCAUAUACGAUGUGUAUGUGACAGAGAAUAACGUGCCAGGGGCUUACAUACACGCUGUGACGGCUCUGGACCCGGACAUCGGGCAGAACGCACUCAUCAGCUACUCCAUAUUAGAGUGUGACAUCCAGGGCAUGUCGGUCAAAACGUAUGUGUCAAUCAAUGAGGAGACGGGCUAUCUGUACGCGCUCAGGUCCUUCGAUUAUGAGCAGCUGAAGGAUUUCACAUUCAUGGUCCAGGCCAAAGACGCGGGCACACCGGAGCUCUCCUCCAAUGCCACAGUCAAAGUAAUCAUCGUGGACCAAAAUGACAAUGCCCCCCUGGUGCUGGCCCCCGUGGGGAAGAACGGCACAGCCAGGGAGCCCCUGCCCCGCUCAGCUGAGCCGGGCUACCUGGUGACCCGCAUCGUGGCUAUGGACGCGGACGACGGCGAGAACGCGCGGCUGUCCUACAGCAUCCAGAGAGGGAACGAGAACGGCAUGUUCAGGAUGGACUGGAGGACGGGUGAGCUCAGGACGGCGAGGCGGGUGUCAGCCAAGAGAGACCCCCACCAGCUCUACGACCUGCUGAUCGAGGUGAGAGACCACGGCCAGCCGCCGCUGUCCUCCAGCGCCAGCGUGCUGGUGGUGCUGGUGGACAGUGUGGCUGAAGGCCACGGCAGCGGGGACCGAGGAGGCGCUGCGAAGGCCAAAGAUGGCACCCUGGACCUCACGCUGAUCCUCAUCAUCGCCCUGGGUUCUGUCUCUUUCAUCUUCCUCCUGGUCAUGAUCGUGCUGGCUGUGCGCUGCCAGAAGGACAAAAAGCUCAACUUUUACACCUGCCUGACCAGUGACUGCUGCCUGGGCUGCAGCUCCUGCUGCUCACAGCAGGCCCGGGCCCGCAAGAAAAAGCUCAGCAAGUCAGAUAUCAUGCUGGUGCAAAGCGCUGUUAACGUGAGUGGUGCCAGUACAGCUCAAGUCCCCGUGGAGGAGUCAGGGAGCUUCGGCUCCCACCACCAAAACCAGAACUAUUGCUACCAGGUAUGUCUGACUCCAGAGUCUGCCAAAACCGACCUCAUGUUCCUAAAGCCGUGUAGUCCGUCUAGGAGCACAGACACCGAUCACAACCCGUGCGGGGCCAUAGUGACAGGGUACACAGACCAGCAGCCUGACAUCAUAUCAAACGGCAGCAUUUUAUUAAACGAGACCAAACACCAACGAGCUGAACUCAGCUACCUGGUUGACAGACCAAGACGUGUCAACAGUUCGGCGUUCCAGGAGGCAGACCUGGUCAGCUCCAAAGACAGCGGCCACGGAGACAGUGAGCAGGGAGACAGCGACCAUGACGCCACCAAUCGUGGCCAUUCCUCCGGUGCUGAUCUUUUCUCGAACUGCACGGAGGAGUGUAAGGCCCUGGGCCACUCCGAUCGCUGCUGGAUGCCGAGCUUCAUGCCCUCCGACGGGCGCCAGGGUCCGGACUACCGCAGCAACCUCCACGUGCCUGGCAUGGACUCUGUCCCGGACACAGAGGUAUUUGAAAGCCCAGACCAAACGACCGAUAAGUCAUUCUCCACCUUUGGCAAAGAGACGCCUCUCAGUCAUCAACACCAUCACCUCCACCACAACCACCUUCAUCACCUCAGCCACCACCACAGCUCCCUAGAGAGGAAAGAGUUGGAAGCAUUUCUGCCUAGCUCCAAAGCACCUUGUAACCCAGCUUAUUUAAAUUGGCCGGCAGACGGAAGCAUGAAAUUCAUUUCAGCGAGGAAAAGGGUUUGCUAGCUCCUUUCGCGUGGACAUAUCGGAAACCGCGUGACUUUGCACAAUCACUCCCCCCCGCCUCCUCGCCGACGACCAAGGCUAUUGAAAAAAAAAAAAAAGGAAGAAAAAAAACAACAAAGAAGCGUUAAGUUUUCAAUCCAUUUUUGCCCUUCUCCCCCUCAUCCCUCCUCACCCAGUGAAAAAUAAAAAAAAAUAAAAACAGUCAUGACUACACACGAAAUGAGAGACAGUCCCCCCCCCACACCCCCCCACCCCUCCUUUCAAGGAAGACCUCCCUCCUCUCUGGAAUUCCUUGGAUCACUGCCGGGCUUUUGGAGGCACCCCUCUCUCUCUCGGGAUUAGGAGACGGUGGGGACACGGAGGAGAGGGGGGUGGGACGGAUGGGUGCGGGCAGGUAGACAGAUAGCCUUACUGGGAGGACACCAUUGUCUCAGCAGGACUGAGAACCUAAACAGAGGAGGAUGACGAAGAGCAGUGACGACGGAGAGAUAAAAACUGGUCACUGAUACUCGCCGUCCUUUUUCCCCCAAUCUGUGUGUGCCUGUUUACAGCACUGACGUAUACAUCUCUGAGGAAAAUGAACCCCACACGAGGACUGGACAUGUAUACUGUGUAAGACAAACUGAAAAAAACGAGAGCCACCCGGAGAAAUCGCCACUGAGCCCUUUAGGCAUUUGUACUCGCAGAGACGCCAAAUUGUACAGGAGAAUCUUUGUGCAUUUCAAAAUGCAAUACCACAGUUUUAGAUUUUUCUAUUCUGUUUAUGUGGUCUGAUCUACUUCAAACUUUGUAAGAAAAGAUUGUGGGCAGGAUUUUUUUUUUUAUUUAUGUUGUUUGUUUUUUUUUUUUUUUAAUUUUCAUGUUUUGUUCCUUCUAUUUUUCUUGCUUUGGAUUCGGUUUGUUCACCAUAUCGUGGGCUUGGACAGUGUUUGGCCUGCACUUUUCUGAAUCGGAGGCGUCAAGUAGUUUCUAUCAUGUGUGAGAAGUGUUUACUGUACUCUUUUAAAAAGUUUCAAGGUGAAUAUAAAACUCUAUAUAUAAAUCCAUCUAUAUCUACUUGUUCUGAAGGCGUGCUAUCCAUUUGCUAGGUUCCACAUUUCUGAUUCAGAGGUUCGACUCUUGUUUAAGUUCCCCUGACGAAGGCUUCUUGUUUUCCCAGAGGGAGACACGGAGAGAGACACAACAGCCUUAGCAGAUGUACAACUCAAGUUCUCAUUGUUUGACAUUAUUUCGUUUUCUUUUUCCACUUUUUUGGAUAUCGAUAAAGAUCAUGUCUAUAAAUAAAAAGAAGGUAAUAAUUUUAGAUUGAAAUCAGUGGUAAUUUAGUGUCAUUGUAACCAAAACGUUAAGGGUCCGUUUAUAAAGAAACAGAACAAAAACACGGCCAAAUGCAGAAGGUGUUGUACACAAUGCAGUUGGAAUCCAGUAUACACACAUUUCUUUCUCACACAUUACAAACACAAACACACCAAUAUGCCAACAAUAAACAGAAAAAUGGUGAAAAGGAAGGUCUCAUGUGCUUUUUUUUUUUCUUCCUCUUUUUUUUUUUUUUUUUUGAUGCAUUUUCGUGGCUGUACAAGAAAAAGUCAGACAGAGUUCUGUUUUUCCUUUACUCACGUGGAGCCUGUAAACCCCUUCCCCAAAAAGCAUCAGGUUCAGGCUUCUGGUCAACUGAUUAAUUGUAAGUUUUUUUUUCAGGGAAGUUGCACAAUUAAAGUUCACUAUAAACUAAAGCAGGUCCUCGAUUAUUACACCCUUCUUUCAGCCCUGUAGCAGGGUCCUGUGCCAAAAUGUAAAUGUUCAACUACAGUUUUCAGAACUCAGAUACAGAAUUUAUUGAUGUGCAUUAGUGAAUCGUUGUGAAAAAUAUUACCUGCGACGGCGGGACAUGAGCUUUUACUGUAGUUAUUUUACAGGUUGGAGGUAUUUGUUCUUUGUACACAAACAUAUUCAAGUAAACGCUCUGUAUUCAAAAUUGUACAUAAGUAUUAUCAGAGAAAUGUACCUAUGGCUUAUCAUUGAUGCAUUAAUAUGUAAGCAGUAUUUUAACACUUGUGGCUGGUCAAGAUAAAGAGCUAAUGAUUUUA